AGUUUUUAAUGGCGCCAUACGUGUACAACACACUUUUAUCUAACCACCCUCUAUAAUUUUAUUUUUAACAAAAUCCUUUUCACUUAUUUUUUUGGUUGGUGAAAAUUGAGCAAGAAACUGGACAUACCAAAUAAAAAUCUUGAUUUUGGAUCAAGAAGCAGAAAUUGAUAAGGAAUUAAGGAAAUGGCUCUGGUUUCUAACACUAACUCAUUCUUAAAGUCACAGAGGCACCAAGUUUACUGCAGAAAGAAGGAGAAAGAUAAGAGUCAAAAUCCCCAACCCUAUAAAGUCAUUGAAAUUUCACCCCCUCCCAAGAACCUUGGCAUACGUUGCCUCCCCUCGAACUUGCAGUGUGGAGAAAGUGUAACCAUCGAAGGCCGAGCUUACACCAUUUCAGCUGUAACUCAUCGUUAUCAGCUUCGUAAAGGGAAAUACGAGCCUAGUGAGAAGAGGCUUGAUGUGUUGUCUACUGGAAGAUACAUCUUAAAUUUGUACUUAGAAAAUUUGCUAGAACAAUCUUGACUAUGAUGUAGAUUACUCCACUUUUCCCUUCAUCUUUAUGUAUACAUUAUGAAAAUACAACUUCAUUCAAUUGCCUGUGUCAAAUGAACUCGUUUGUUAUUUUUG